AUUGUCAAAUUUGUGAUUACUUCAGCCACUAUUUUGUUUAAGCAUUUAAAAAACAAAUUGUAAUGACCAGUUUUGAGGAGGAAACUUCGUGCACACUUUGCCUUAAAAAUAUAACGGACAGAAAUAUUGAAGCGAUAAACGAUGUCACUAGAGACAUUCUAGAUGUUCUUAUGCUCAAAUUGAAAUUUGAUGGUAGGAGAAAAGACGUAAUUUGUGAAGCUUGCAGAAAAAAAUUAAAUGCAGCAUUCGAAUUUAAGUCGACGUGUUUGAAUACCGAUAACAGAAUUAUUCCUUAUGUGGACUGCGAGAAAACAUUGCAGCUGGAUUUAAGAGAAAUUUAUAUAAAAGAAACGACAAACGAGGAGGUAAAGGAUAUUCUGUAUCAUCGUAUAUGCCGAUUGUGUAUGCAGCUACUAAACGGUGAAUUUAGAUACAUACUUGAAGGGGAACUCGAUGCUAUUGAGAAAUUCGUUCCUGAAAUUAACAUAAACAUCGUUAAAGAUCCCGUUAUAUGUAAACCGUGCUUUGAUUCUCUGUGCACCCACAACAAUUUUCUGAAGGAUUGCCUAGAAGUAGAGGAAAAAAGUGGAAAUAUUUGUGGCAAUUCAGCCACAGAAAGUCAGAUAGACAUAUCACCCUUUGAAGUUUUUAUUAAGUCUGAAAACUUCAACAAACAAUUCAUCAAAACUGAAUGUGAGGAUGUAAAAUUAGAAGAAGAAGAAGAGGGGAGUGUCACACUACCGCAGUGCUCAUAUAAUGAAGCAUCUGAGAAUACUGACCGUAAAGAUGUAGAAGAAAUUGAAAGUAAAAAACAUCUGUUAAUGCACGAGGAACCUUCCGAAGUUCGGAGAUAUCAGUGCGAUGCCUGCUUUUUUACGUCAAAGCACAAAGCCUGCUUUGUGCAGCAUCAGAGGAGCCACGAAAGUUCGUCCAAAGCACGAUUGUACAAAUGCAACAUUUGCGAUUUCCAAACGAAGUGGAGGAGUAGCUUUAAAUAUCACCGUAUAAAACACAAUGACUCAUCGGAAGUAACGACAUACAAGUGCAGCGACUGUGAUUACGAAACGAGGAAUAAGCACCACUUUGCGACACAUCUGCUAAUACACGAAAGUCCUUGCCAAACGAGCAAGUACAGGUGCAACUUUUGCAAUCACGAAACGAUCUACAAGUCCGUGUUUAAGUUUCACCAGUUGACUCACAAACUUCCUUCGGAGGUUCAAAUGUACUCGUGCAACGACUGCGGUUAUAAAUCUAAACACAAGCCUUAUCUCGUACGUCACAUGUUGACACAUAAAGACUCUUCGCAAGUGCAAAUAUUCAAGUGCGAACUUUGCGAUUACGAGUCGAAGUAUAAGUCGAGUCUGAGUUACCAUCGGUUGAGGCACAAAGGUGCUCCGCAGGCCCAGACGUACAGGUGUAACGACUGUGACUACGAAGCUAAACACAAGAAUAAUAUCAGGUAUCACGUGUUGAAGCACAAGGACCAAUCGCAAAUGCCGACAUACAAAUGUGACGCUUGUGAUUAUGAAUCGAAGUAUAAGACAAAUUUGACUCGUCAUCAGUUGAAGCACCGCCCAGUGAAAAAGGUGCACUAUUCGAAGGGGACUUCGGAGACGCAGGAGCAUGAUAGCCAGAAGGCCAGCUCGAUAAGCAGGUUUAUGAAGCAGAAAAUAAGGGCCAUUUUAAACGUCUAAAAAGAGGAUAGCGUUACGUGCAGUGUCAAAAUUGUGGUCAAUUUUUUAAGGAAUUUCUUUUUUACAGGACAACAGACAACAGUGAAGUGUGGUUUAGUGUUUUGUGUGCUCAGUAUUGUAUUUUCUGUUUGAAAUAAAGUGACUUUCAAGAGA